AUGUAUUACUAUGGAUUUGUAGCAUUGAUUACAUUUGUCAUAUCAGUUUUGUGUGAUAGUCUAUCAAUAGUUUUGUGGUAUAAUUGGUAUAGUAAUAUAAUCUCGUAUACUUGGAUUAAUAUAAUAAUAUAUGGAAUACUAUGUUUAUUCUUUAAAAUCAUACAUAACUCUCCAACUUAUGAUGUCACCGUUAGAGCACUUUUUUUAGGUCAGAGUUUUAGUUCGGGUAUAAUUCUUUAUAUAACUGGAUCACAGUCAUGGAAAUUAUUUGGUAUAUAUGCAGCAGUAUUAUCUACAUUCCAUUUUACAGAAUUUUUAGCAAUUGCUUUUACUAAUCCUAAGGUAUUAUCAUCUGAUACUUUUGUUAUAAAUCAUAGUUUCGAAUAUACAUUAGCAGCUACCGCGAGUUGGGCAGAAUUUUUGCUUGAAAGAUAUUAUUUUACUAAAAUAAAAGAGAGCAGAUGGAUUAUGCUACUUGGUCUUCUUUUUUGUCUCAUUGGAGAAAUAUUUAGAAAAACAGCUAUACUCACAGCAAAACAUAAUUUCAAUCAUAUUAUCCAAAAUAAAAAAACCAUUGAUCAUAAAUUAAUAACGCACGGAGUGUAUAGGAUGUGUAGACAUCCAAGUUAUGUUGGUUGGUUUUAUUGGUCUGUGGGCACGCAGCUAAUUUUACAGAAUCCGUUAUGUUUAAUUACAUAUGCAUUGAUAUCGUGGAAAUUUUUUCAUGAUAGAAUAUUAAUAGAAGAAAUAAACCUAAUAGAAUUUUUUGGAUUUUCAUAUAUUCAAUAUCAAGAUAAAGUGGGUACGGGUUUACCAUUUAUCUUGGGCUGUAAAAGAUAAAGAUCUUAUUAAUGAAACGAAUGACUAAAUGCAUUUCAUUUUCGGAGUAAU